AUGGGUGCUCGUCAGGGCGGGGGCCGGUUCAGAGCCGGCCAAGAAGGCGUUUGCCCCCGCCCCGGGGCUUUGGCGUCUUAUCUGGGGGACCCCCGAGACGGUGGUGUUCCGGAGCCCCAAACUGAGAGGGCUGGAGCGGCCGGAGUGACGGGUGCCCGAGCGGCAGCCUCUGACCGGGGCGGCCCCGUUUCCUGCUGGAUCCUCAUCGACCGGUGUGGGAAGCACUUCGGGACGAUCCUCAACUACUUACGGGACGGAGCCGUGCCGCUGCCCGAGAGCCGCCGGGAGGUGGAGGAGCUGCUGGCCGAAGCCAAGUACUACCUGGUCCAGGGCCUGGUGGACGAGUGCCAGGCGGCCCUGCAGAACAAAGACUCGUACGAGCCCUUCUGCAAAGUGCCCGUCAUCACGUCCUCCAAGGAGGAGCAGAAGCUCAUCGCGACGUCCAACAAGCCGGCGGUGAAGCUGCUCUACAACCGCAGCAACAACAAGUACUCCUACACCAG